ACUCUGUUGUGGCCGUCGCGACGAUGCGUCAGCCCCAUUGACGUGGACGGGAGUGAUAGGAUAACCGGGCUCCGCAUUGUGGUCUCUGGUCUCUGAGCUGAAAUGCUCCUUUGAUCUCGCAACCCUUUGCUGUUCCUCUGAAUGCUCAGAGAAUUUCCCGCGCUCCCGACCCAGACCAGGUCGUUGAAGCCAUGAAUCACACGUAUCGACGCUGGAUCCGUUAUUGCGAGGACCAUCCUGAAACCCCAACUAUCCCAGGGACUCCACCCAAAGCGCAAGACCUCUGUGGUCGAUGCCUGGGAUUGCGCAAAGGCAUCAGCGACAGCCUCGCCCGUCUGAAGAAGAUCGAGGACGACUAUAGGUCCAGAGACACCAACUGGGAAGUUGCUGCCCUGGGUACGCCCGGGACCUGGAAUCCUACUCGCUGCGCUCUUUGCUAUCUGUUCAUGACCAUACACCACAACAAGCUUGCAGAGCACGGUGCAAAUACCCAUUACGCCCUCCGCGCAUUUAGGUCCUAUAAAGCGACCGGGCUGGCAGUCUUACCAACACCUUCUCUCGACACAUUGGACGAAGAUUGUUCCUCGUCAGGCUUUAUAUCUCGCGCGGUUCCGAAAGCCGACAGUUCGGUGGGACAUCAUUCUGUUGGGGUGGUAGGAGACUAUGUCGACUUUGCCUUUGUCAAGAGCUGGAUAGAGAGAGGCGGCAUGACUAAUAUCAGAGACUGGGAUGGGCUGUCUCUCAAGGAUAACCCCAACUUCAAGCUCAUUGACUGUUCGACGCGUCGCAUCGUCAAGCCCCCAGAGGGAUGUCCAUUCGCCACCCUGAGCUACGUCUGGGGACGAUCGGACGAGUCUGUCCCAGAUGGCGAUAGGCUGCCGAAGCAGUUACCACUGGUGAUCGAGGAUGCUCUCACGGUUGCGAAAAAGGUCGGCAUCCCUUACCUGUGGGUCGAUCGGUACUGCAUUUCGCAAACCGAUCUCGUGGAAAAGGCCACGCAGAUCAAGAAAAUGGAUCCCAUCUACAGCAGCGCCUCCUUCACCAUAUUUGCCGCGGCGGGCGACGGGGCAGACCACGGGCUCCCGGGCGUUUCGAGAAAGAGGAAAGCCGGUCGGCAGCCUUGUGCCAAAGUCGGCAAGCACCUGCUCACGUGGACCAUGCCGGACGGACCGGCGCUGGUGCUGAAAUCGAGAUGGAAUACCCGAGCAUGGACGUACCAGGAAAUGGUAUUCUCCGGGUCGCGCCUGAUCUUUACUGAUCUACAGGUCUACAUGGAGCAGCGGUGGAAUGUCUUCCGCGCCGAGGCCUGGGGGGAAUACCCCUUCAGCAACCUCGGACGCAUCGACACGCACAGCUCGCUCUCCAGCGCGUUCAACGAGAUCUACAAGCUCAGCGACUACUCGAGACGCCAACUCUCCUUCUCCUCGGACGUGAUCCAAGCCAUGCAGGGCCUCUUCAACGCCAUGGCGCACGCAAAGGUCCUGUACCAAUAUAUGGGCGCUUUGCUUCCGGCGGUCAUCGCCCAAGAGGCAUCUCCUUCCGACGACGGCGCCCUGCAGUACAGCUUUCUCUGGUAUCACGUCAAAACCUCCACCCGACGGCCCGGCUUUCCCAGCUGGUCCUGGGCCGGCUGGGUCGGCGAGGUCGCGUACCUUGAGCUCCGGGGUGUGCAGCACACGUACCACCCAGCCUUCACUGCGGAGAGCAUGGACGCAUCAGUCGAGGUGGCCGACGGCACCCUCGUCCCGUGGAAGGAGUUCCGCCGCCUGAUCGUGACUGACCACCUGCCACCGCCGACGAAGCUGUCAAACUUCCUCCAGCUGGACGUAUACACCGUGUCCCUUCGCUUCGAGUGGCUCGACCACCCGCCCCGGAACUCGUGGUCCUAUGCGCCUGAUGUCCCGUAUCGUGCCGGCUUCUUCGUCCGCUGCCACGAGACCUAUGGGAUCUACUCGCCGUUCCAGCUCUCCGGGCCCGUCGACCCUUCCCGGAGGACUGAGCUCUCUUCGUCCGCGUGGGAGGGCCUGGUCGUGGGCCGGCUGGCGUAUCAACGCAGCGUCGGCGACCAACAGCGCAUUUACGACAACCCGUUCACGGACCUCUGCGUCGUGGUCAUCGAGAGACGGCCAGGCGGCGCCGGCGCGACUGGUGCGGCGACGGCUGAGCGCGUCGGGUUCGUGAACCUGGCCCACCGCGUCUGGGACGAGGAGUGCGAGCGGAUCCGACGGCAGAGCCCCGAGAAGGAGCACCCCCCUUUCCUCAGGCCGUUGGAUCUGAAGAAGACCAGGACGCGGAUCCGCCUGGGCUAGCGGGCUAGCAGGCAGGUGGGCGGGCGGGUGAGUGAGUAAAGUGAGAAGUGAAUAAAUGUGAUGAUGGUACGACUUUGUUUAGUGCAGUCUGUAACCAGUCCACACGUCUGUCCUCUAUCCUUUUGGGCUCUCAUGAAGAAAGGAAAACCUCUAAGCAGCAAGUCACACACCACACCAG